AGUGCCUGGAGCCCCAGUCGCCGCCCGCCCGUCGGGGACGGAUUCUAAGUGGGUGGAACGAGACGCCUCAGCCGGGCGGCGCGGCGCCGGGACGGGGGACGCGCGCGGGAGACGGGAGCGGCGCGGGGCUCUGCUUGUCAGCCUGGAAGCGGGCGACUUUCCGCGCUAGGGGCUCUCCCCUCCCCCAUGGAGAAGAGGGGGCGACUGUUGACUUCCUUCUCCGUGACACGCGCGCCUCCCGCGUCCGCACGCCGACUUGUUUAUCUGGCUGCGGUGGGAGCCGCAGGCGGGCGGGCGAGCGCGCGGGUGCCGAGGUGAGCGGGGGCUGGGCAGCGGGCGCCCGAGCAGAGUUAAUAUUUGCCAAUGGACUCCAAAGAAUCCUUAGCUCCCCCUGCUAGAGAAGUCCCCAGCAGCUUGCUUGUCCGGGAGAGGGGGAACGUGAUGGACUUUCAUAAAACCCUAAGGGGAGGAGCUACCAUGAAGGUUUCUGCAUCUUCGUCCUCACUGGCUGCUGCUUCUCAGACAGAUUCCAAGCAGCAGAGGCUUCUGGAUUUUCCAAAAGGCUCAGCAAGCAAUGCGCAGCAGCCAGAUUUGUCCAAAGCCGUUUCACUGUCCAUGGGACUGUAUAUGGGAGAGACAGAAACAAAAGUGAUGGGAAAUGACUUGGGAUACCCACAACAGGGCCAAAUUAGCCUGUCCUCUGGGGAAACAGACUUUCGGCUUCUGGAAGAAAGUAUUGCAAACCUCAAUAGGUCAACCAGUGUUCCAGAGAAGCCCAAGAGUUCCACAUCUGCUGCUGGGCGCGCUACCCCUCCAGGGAAGGAGUUUCCCAAAACUCACUCUGAUGCAUCUUCAGAACAGCAAAAUCUAAAAAGCCAGCCUGGCACCAAUGGUGGCAGUGUGAAGUUGUAUACCACAGACCAAAGCACCUUUGACAUCUUGCAGGAUUUGGAGUUUUCUGCUGGGUCUCCAGGUAAAGAAACUAAUCAGAGUCCUUGGAGGGCAGACCUGUUGAUAGACGAAAACCUGCUUUCUCCUUUGGCAGGAGAUGAUGAUCCAUUCCUUUUGGAAGGGGAUGCAAAUGAGGACUGUAAGCCUUUUAUUUUACCGGACACUAAACCUAAAAUUAAGGAUACUGGAGAUCCGAUCUUACCAAGCUCCAGUGGUGUGACGCUGCCCCAAGUGAAAACAGAAAAAGAUGAUUUCAUUGAACUUUGCACCCCCGGGGUAAUUAAGCAAGAGAAACUGGGCCCAGUUUAUUGUCAGGCAAGCUUUUCUGGGACGAAUAUAAUUGGUAAUAAGAUAUCUGCCAUUUCUGUUCAUGGUGUGAGUACCUCUGGAGGACAGAUGUACCACUAUGACAUGAAUGCAGCAUCGCUUUCUGAACAGCCGGAUCAGAAGCCUGUUUUUAAUGUCAUUCCACCAAUUCCUGUUGGUUCUGAAAACUGGAAUAGGUGCCAAGGAUCUGGAGAGGAUAAUCUGGCUAACUUGGGGACUAUGAACUUCCCAGCCCGAUCCGUGUUUUCUAAUGGCUACUCAAGCCCUGGAAUGCGACCAGAUGUGAGCUCUCCUCCAUCUAGCUCCUCAACAGCAGCGGGACCACCUCCCAAGCUCUGCCUGGUGUGUUCUGAUGAAGCUUCGGGAUGCCAUUAUGGCGUAUUGACAUGUGGGAGCUGUAAAGUGUUCUUCAAAAGAGCAGUGGAAGGUAGACAGCACAAUUAUCUUUGUGCUGGAAGAAAUGAUUGUAUCAUUGAUAAAAUUCGAAGAAAAAACUGCCCAGCAUGCCGCUAUCGAAAAUGUCUUCAGGCUGGAAUGAACCUUGAAGCUCGAAAAACAAAGAAAAAAAUAAAAGGGAUUCAGCAAGCCACUGCAGGAGCUGCACAAGAGACUUCUGAAAAUUCUAACAAAACAGUAGUUCCUGCAACAUUGCCACAGCUCACCCCUACCCUGGUGUCACUGCUGGAGGUGAUUGAACCUGAGGUCUUAUAUGCAGGCUACGACAGCUCUGUUCCAGACUCAGCCUGGAGAAUCAUGAACACGCUCAACAUGUUAGGUGGCCGCCAAGUGAUUGCAGCAGUGAAAUGGGCCAAGGCAAUACCAGGGUUCCGAAACUUACACCUGGAUGACCAAAUGACCCUCCUGCAGUACUCAUGGAUGUUUCUGAUGGCAUUUGCCCUGGGCUGGAGAUCAUACAGACAAGCAAGUGCAAAUCUGCUGUGCUUUGCUCCUGAUCUGAUUAUUAAUGAGCAGAGAAUGACUCUACCCUGCAUGUAUGAACAAUGUAAACAAAUGCUGUAUGUAUCCUCUGAGUUACAAAGACUGCAGGUAUCAUAUGAAGAGUAUCUCUGUAUGAAAACCUUACUGCUUCUCUCCUCAGUUCCUAAGGAAGGUCUCAAGAGCCAAGAGUUAUUUGAUGAAAUUCGAAUGACCUAUAUCAAAGAGCUAGGAAAGGCCAUUGUCAAAAGGGAAGGAAACUCCAGUCAGAACUGGCAGCGCUUUUAUCAACUGACAAAACUUUUGGACUCCAUGCAUGAUGUGGUCGAGAACCUCCUUACCUACUGCUUCCAGACGUUUUUGGAUAAGUCCAUGAGUAUUGAAUUCCCAGAGAUGUUAGCUGAAAUCAUCACUAAUCAGAUACCAAAAUACACAAAUGGAAAUAUCAAAAAGCUUCUGUUUCAUCAGAAAUGACUGCCUUACUAAGAAAGGUUGCCUUAAAGAAAGUUGAAUUUAUAGCUUUUACUGUACAAACUUAUCAAUUUGUCUUGUAGAUGUUUUGUUGUUCUUUUUGGUUUUGUCUUGUUUUGUUUGAAUACGCACUACAUGUGGUUUAUAGAGGGCCAAGACUCGACAACAGAAGCAGUUGAGCCAUCACUCUGAGUGAUGGGAAAGCAGACAGUGAAGUGUAUUGGUUGGUGUAUCACAGAAACUGAAGACAGUUCCGUGGAGGCGUGUGCACCGUCUCCACUCUGGGGAAGGAGCGCACCUAAACCACCAGUGCCCAGAGUCCAUGUGAUCAGCUUUCUGCUUAUACUUUCAGUUGGCUGGAUAAAACUUCUAGACUUUCUCUUGGUGUAUUUUUCCCAUGUAUAGUUAAGAUAGCAUUUUUUGAGAUUUAUGCAUGGAAAUCUGAAAAAAGUUUACACGUGUAUAUCAGAAAAGGGAAGUUGUGCCUUUUAUAGCUAUUACUGUCUGGUUUUAACAAUUUUCCUUUAUAUUCAGUGAACUAUGCUUGCUCAUUUUUUUCUUAAAUAAUUUUUGUAUUCAAGUUAUUGUACAGCUGUUUGAGAUGGGCAGCUAGUCCAUAGCUUUCCUAAACUCUAAACAUUAAUCCUCUGUGUGAAAAUGGGUUGGUGCUUCUACCCUGAUGGCACUUAGCUGUCAGAAGACCACACAAAUUGACUCAGAUCUCCAGUAUUCCUGUCAAAAGCUCUUAUUUUGUAUAUAUCUGCUUCCAUGGAGAAUUAGAUAGGUUGUGCAGAUUACCGUCCUAAAUGGUGUAGAGCACCUACCUAGUACAGUGACCGCUGGGGAAACCGUGGAGACGGUCACAGAAGACCUGACUGUAAGACAGCACCUACCGAAAGGCCCAGUGUACACCUAAUGUUCCAUCUCUACCAUGGCGAGAUGGCAAAAAAGUUUGUAAAUCAACUCUUUCAGGACCUUCUGGAGUGGUUUGUGUAACAUCUUAAAAUUUAUGUUUCCAGAUCAUGUGACAAGACUGAGAGAUUUCUUUUCAAAUCAGACCAAGUAACAUCUGUCAUUAACUUCCCCCAACUGAUCUCUAAUAUGGAAGAAUGGCUAGACACCCAUUUUCACACCCCACCUGUCACCGAUUGGUCUAGCUUUCCUGGUGGUUCAGGAAAAUCAGCUACUGAUUUUUGUUUUUAGAACUGAAUGUCAGGCAUCCAUGUUUGUCCAGCUAGACAUCCCUACAUGUGCCAUAGCAUAACACAGUCUUGUGACCUUCACACUGAGAAUUAUCAUGUAAACAAACCAGAAGCUGUGGUAGCCCUUUCUGUGUGCACCUUACCAACUUUCUGUAAACUCAAAGCUUAACACACUUACUAAGCCACAAAAAAAUUGAUUUCUACUUAAGGUGGCCAAAUUAUUUGUGUAAUAGAAAACUGAAAAUCUAAUAUUAAAAAUAUGAGACUUCUAAUAUAUUUUUAUAUUUAGUUAUAGUUUCAGGUAUAUAUCAUAUUGGUAUUCACUAAUCUGGGAAGGGAAGGGCUACUGCAGCUUUACAUGCAAUUUAUUAAAAUGAUUGUAAAAUAGCUGUAUAGUGUAAAAUAAGAAUGAUUUUUAGAUGAGAUUGUUUUAUCAUGACAUGUUAUAUAUUUUUUGUAGGGGUCAAAGAAAUGUUGAUGGAUAUCCUAAAUGAUGUAUAGUGUGUGAGAGCAUCCGUACAGGCUUCAGUGUUCUAAGAAGUCAAAACUGGUUUGCUCUAAGCUAGGAAGAGGGAGAUGGAGACUGGCCCUGUGUGCAAUGGGGGUUGUUGAAGCUUUGACCCAGUCAGAUCAUAGGGAACUAAUUCCCCACCUCCCAUUCUAACUAUCCUUAUCCAACCACGACCCUGUCAGUGCAGGGUUAGUUUAUUUACAUCUCCCCUUGCGCUAACAUACAUAAAGACAGAAAGGUGGUGCUUAUGAAGUGAUAGGCACCAUCUAGUAACAGGGUUACUUUUACAUGUGACCUCCCCACGGGUUAACAGAAACAGAGGCUUUAGAAGUUUGGCAAUAAUAUGAAUAGAGGUACCAGCAAUAUGUAAAUACUACAGAAUCCCAUAGGUCACCAAUAAUACACUAAUCCUUUCCAUCCUACAAUAGUUUAUUUCCAAGUAAAAUGAGGACAUGUUUAUGUUUUCUUUGAAUGCUUUUUGAAUGUUGUUUUUUUUCCAGUAUUUUGCAGAAAUUAUUUAAUAAAAAAGUGUAAUCCUUUGCUUUUUGAAUUCUCCUAAAAGGGAAUGUUCACUUUUUAAUGGUUUCAAUUGGUCUCAGAUUACUUUAAGGUAAUUGUAACCCAGCUGGAUGUGAAAUUUAUGGUGCCUAAGAAAUACCACUUGAAUAUUAUCAAUGACAGUGUUAAGUUUCAAAAUGAGCUUCUCAAAAAUAGAUUAUUGUACAUUUAUGGAAUGUUAUAUAGUUAAAGCCAGAAAGCACAUCACACAUAAACCUAUUUUUAGUCCCAACCAGCUUGACUCUCAAAAGAAUUACAGCUCCAAAAAGGAAAAGAAAAAGAUCUGUGUGCUUUGUUAGUAACAGAGGCAGCAGACAUUCAUAAAACUAAUAUAGGAAGCUUUCCAUUAAAUGGAUAAAGAGCUGUGUUCCUUCCCUGUGUGGGAAGGAAGAAAUCUAUCCUGAUUGAGUAUUAGUAAGAAGGCUCUGGUCCUGUUUGAGAGCAGCUUCAAUUUCUUUGUGUGGAUUCAUACCAUUACAAACUAUUUAGAUUCAUAGGAACUUCAGUGAUAGUUGGUGAAAUGCCUACAUGACUCAACAGAUCUUAAAAACUAUCCUUAAUUACUGGUAGGGACAUUGUGGAUAUUUUAGGCAUUGACUUGGGAUAUUGUAUAAGCAGAAAUGAGAAGACAGGAAGCUUGGGGAAGGGAAGACAAAACAAGAAGACCCCCCCCAAAGGGACAGGGGCAUGUUUAGUGUGUGGAAUCCUUGACAGUGAGCGCAGGGUGAACUUGGUGAGCAUGUGGAAAAGCCAGCCUCCCCAGCACUGCAAAGUAGGGCCAGGACAGGGAUGGGAAUUACAGUUGGACACUGGUCUCAGUAUUUCUCCCUCUUCUGUACUGUGAGACCAUAGCACCGUGGGAUGAAUCAUGCUAUUAAGCUUGGCUCUGUCAACAUUCAAGGAUCAUGGUAGCCUUCAUUGAGCUUUAGAUCUUGGUUGGUCACCCCAACAAUAAGCUGUAGUUGAAUGUGUUUCUUAUGUGCCUGGUUUCAGUGUUAGAAGGUGGAAUAAAAGUGUUCAGGAGACACUGCAAACCACUUCAAAUGGAAGUUUUCUCAUUUUCCAGACUUUCAGUCAGCCUGGUCCAUCAGAAGUGAUGACCAGGUUUUCAGGAAAGGGUUGGCUUCUGUCUAGAACAUGCCUGAAAGGAUUUUAUUUUCUGAUAAAUGGCUGUAUAAAAAUACCCUUCUAAAUAACCUGCUUAACUACAUAUAGAUUUCAGUGUGUCAAUAUUCUAUUUUGUAUAUUAAACAAAUGCUAUAUAAUGGGGACAAAUCUAUAUUAUACUGUGUAUGGCAUUAUUAAGGAGCUUUUUCAUUAUUUUUAUCACAGUAAUUUUUAAAUGUGUAAAAAUUAAAAACCAGUGACUCCCGUUUAAAAAUACAAGCUGUAGUUUUUUAUUCUUGCUGAAUAACCUGUAGUUUAAACCUGUCUUUUUACCUACACAGUGAAAUGUCAGACUGUAAAAUUUUGUGUGGAAAUGUUUAACUUUUAUUUUUCAUUUAAAUUUGCUGUUCUGGUAUUACCAAACCACACAUUUGUACUGAAUUGGCAGUAAAUGUUAGUCAGCCAUUUACAGCAAUGCCAAAUAUGGAUAAACAUCAUAAUAAAAGUAUCUGCUUUUUCAUUA